UUUUGCUAUCCACAACUUCAAAACGGUGAAGUUCCAUACCCCACUGCAUAUUCUAUAAGUCUAUGCAAAAUUCUUUCAAAGGUUAUGUUUACGUUCAUGUUCGGUUUGUGAAUUGUGAAAUUUCUGAUCAGUGAUAAGAUAAGGGACUGACCAAACCAGGAAAGAGAAAGAGUAAUGAGAGACGGCAUGUUACGAUUCUCUCGUAUUCAGGGAGUAUUUGAAUUAUAUUAGAAAAACUAAGAAUUCAAACUGAGGAAAUAUAAUGGAAAAUGAAGGACUUUUAAGGGUGGUCUACUCGAUCAGCCGUGGUCAACAUUGUAAUCUUUUUUAGCGUUGUCUUUAACGUCUUCACAUCUUAUUUCAUAUUCAGCUUCCGAAGUAGUCACUAAGCAAACUGGAGAAGUUUUAUUUUAACCAUCCAAAAACCUUCACGGUACCAGAAACAUGCAGGAAAACAUCAGAUUGCGUCAGAGGUCCAAUCGGUAUGAAGUGGAGGAAUCUCGAGAGGAUAGAGAGUACUCCAGUGACUCUGUGCCUCCUAAAUGUUUAACUAGAGUGAACCAAUUUCCAACACUUGGAGGACUUGCUGUCAUUUGCUCUCUAGCAUACCUUGCAUUUUAUCUUGGAACAUAUCUUAACUAUCGGUAUCCAAAACCGUUAAAUGUUGAUGAUGUUGCAAAGCAGUCCAACCAAUUUAUUGCUGAAAGAGCUUACGCUGAUCUAUUCAAGUUGGUGAAACUGGGGCCUAGAGUUGCCGGAAGUCAAAUCAACAAUGUUGUGGCUACCAGGAUACUAACAAAUGAAUUGGAAGCAAUUAAAGCGCAAGCAAACUCGUUUAACAACAUGACCAUUGAUGUGAGCCACUCAUCAGAAGAAGGGUACAUUCAAUUUGGGAGUAAUGGUAUGGUCACAAAAUUUAACGAUUUAGUCAAUAUUGCCGUAAAAUUUGGCCCGCAUGAUGACCGGAAGAAGCUACUCGUCAACUGUCAUUUUGACUCUGUUUACACGAGCCCUGGUGCCAGUGAUGAUGGUCUGAAUUGUGCUGUCAUGCUUGAAGUGUUACGAGUGUUAUCCAAAAGAACUGUAUCUAUGAAGCGAGACAUUAUUUUUCUUUUCAAUGGUGCUGAAGAAACAAGUAUGCAGGGCUCUUAUGCUUUUAUGAAAACUCACUCUUGGGCUGAAGAUAUUUUUGCCUUUCUCAACUAUGAUUCCUGUGGAGCAGGUGGAAAAGAGAUACUUUUUCAAGCAAGUACAGAGCAUCCGUGGAUGGUAGAGAUCUACUCAAAAUUUGCAAAACAUCCAUUUGCAUCUGUCGUUGGUGAAGAAUUAUUUAACUAUGGUGUGAUUCCAUCUUACACAGACUAUCAGAACUUUCGAGAUCUUGGUAAACUGCCUGGUCUCGAUUUUGCUCAUUUUACAAAUGGAUAUGUAUAUCACACAAAAUAUGAUGACAUCAAUCUGAUAGAUAGAGGUGUCUAUCAAAAUACUGGCGACAACAUGCUAGCCUUGGUAAAAGCCUUCACGGACGUUACUGAUGAAUCAUUUGUUGCUGAGAAAUUUGAUGGCAAGAAAUUAGUGUACUAUGAUUUUUGCGGUUUAGUUGUGUUUUACUAUUCACAAACAACCAACACCAUCCUGAAUCUGGCUAUUAUCUUGUUGAUAUUUUAUAAUGUAUUGCAGAAUACGUUUGUAAUUACAGAAGGCCUGAAACGAGUGGAAAUGAUGAAACAGCUAGCGCUGGGUUUUGCUAUGCCUCUCAUUGGAAUCAUCAUGGCUCUCACGAGUGUGACGAUCAUCGCUUUUGAAAUGAAAUACUUGUCAAGAACUAUGAGUUGGUUCACGCAUGGUUUCUUAUUGUUGCCUUUGUAUGGACUUCCAGUUGUCAUUUGUCUUGUCCUCCCUAUGUUGUCACUGACUUCCUAUAAAUAUAGUAGCUUAUGCUGGGGUAAACAAGUUCAAAUGUACAUGAAUGGCAUUCUUCUCAUCAUUAAUCUCCUAUUCUUGCUGGGAACUAUGGCUGGUCUGAGGAUGACAUUUUUAUUUUUCGUGUCUCUGAUCACACCCAGCAUUGCCAGCUCAGCCUUAGGAUUUUUUAAUCGUCAACACUCAGUUUCUACGUGGCUCCUUGUGUAUAUGCUAAGUUUUAUUCCUCAUAUUGUGAAUACCAUUAAUAUGAGUGCACGUAUUCUGAAUCUUUUCAUACCACUGAUGGGUCGAUUUGGACCUUCCCAGAAUCCGGAUUUGUUUGUUGGAAUGUUAUUCUCUCUUGUAUUUAUUUACAUUAUUAUUUUCUUGAUUCCAGCAUUUCUAAUGAUUGCAAAGCCUUUUACCUUAUUAGGCGCCUUGUUGGUUAUCCACAUAGUAUCUUUGACUGCCAUCAUUUUCACACCGAUUGGCUUUCCGUAUGGCAAUGAUCCUCUUGCUCCAACUCCUCAGCGUUUUUCUGUGAUACAUACCGAUCGAGUAUUUUAUGAAUUAAAUAGUCUGAAUGAAUCUCAAAGAGGGGAUUCUGGUUUUUGGAUAGUGAAUUUUGAUCACAACCGUGUGUGGACUCUUGAAGAUCAUGUUUUGGAGGUCAGGAAUGGCAGUAUGAAAAGAGUUUGUGGUGGCGAUGCAGAAUUUCUGUGUGGUCUCCCAUUUUUGACAGUCGGCUCUGUCCAUUUGAGGGGAACAAGUAAUUGGAUAUCAGCAGAUCCGCCUAAGCUUCUAGGUGAAGGCACUGAAUUAACUUCUGCUACUAAAACUCAAAUCAAUAAGGACACUGUACGCUUUACUUUUGAAGUCUUUGCUCCUGACCGUGCAAGUUUGAUUCUCUCUCCUUCCAAGGGUUACCAAGUAUCUGCAUGGAGUUUCAAAACCGGUGGUCCAAAGCAAGCAUUUGUGAUCGAUGGUAGGAGCGUUUAUUUUAUUUACUACCAACAUGGAGACAAGUGGCAGUUUUGGAUCGAUGUUCAGAACAUUGAUGCAAAUCACUCGGAGCCAUCCCUAGAUAUUGCUGUGAACGGACACUACCAAGAUGGAUCUCAUAACCUCGCUGACAAUUUUAAGCAAUUCUUGGCUCAAUUUCCAUCUUGGGCUGAAGUUACAGCCUGGCCUGCAAGUUAUAAAGCGUACAAAUUUUCUUUUUAGAAGAGUAUUCAUUAAGACUGCAAUUGGACUGAGAUAGUUUAUGAUAAAAAUCUGUGAUCUUUUUUGAGGGUGUUAUUACUCUCAUGACAUUGAGUCAUGAAAAAACUAGUUGUUCCUUUUUUUAUUUUGAUUUUUUUUAUCAUUUAGUUUUUUUUUCAGAUAACGAUUGUAUAAGUGUUGUUGAUAAUCAGAAUGGAUCACUAGACAAGGUACGAAUUUCAGCAUUCUGAUUCAUGUUUCCUGACCAAAA